AUGAGCCAGCAAAGACAGAGUGGCAGUUCAUGCUGUGGUGGCGGCGGCGGCGGUGGCGGCGGCGGUGGCGGCCAGUCGUGCUGUGGAAGUAGUGGAGGAGGAGGAGGAGGAGGAGGCUACCAGAUCCAGAGCCAAGGAGGGUCAUCCUGCUGCUGCGGUGGCAGUGGUGGAGGAGGAGGCCAGCAGUCUCAAGGAUCCAGCUGCUGUGGUGGAGGCGGUGGUGGAGGAGGAAGCUCUGGACAGCAGAAGAUCAUCAUUGUCUCUGGUGGCAGUAGCGGAGGCGGAGGUGGACAGUGCUGCUGCGGAGGAGGUUCAAGCGGCGGAUCCGGCCAAGUUAUUAUAUCAUCUGGAGGUGGCGGCGGUGGACAGUCCUCUGGCUGCUGUAGUGGAGGAGGGGGAUCUGGAGGUGGAAUGAGCCAGCAAAAGAUGCCAUUAAUGUCUGGUGGAUCCAGUGGUGGAGGAGGAAUGUGCUGUGGAGGAGGCGGUGGUGGAGGUGGAGGUGGGAGCAUUAAGAUCAUUGGAGGGGGUUCUAGUGGGGGUGGCUCCGGUGGAGUUAAGGUUAUAUCAUGUGGAAGCAGUGGAGGUGGUGGCGGCGGCGGCGGAGGUGGUGGUGUUAAAGUUAUAGGUGGAGGCUCCAGUGGGGGUGGUUCCAUUUGUGGAGGUGGAGGUGGUGGAGGAUCAAGUGGGAAAACCAUUAUCAUCAGUGGGGGAGGCAGUGGCGGCCAGCAGAGCUCCAGCUGCUGCAGUGGUGGAGGCAGCAGCGGUGGUGGCGGAGGAGGCCAGACCGUCGUCAUCCCUUGUGGUGGAAGCAGUGGUGGUGGUGGUGGUGGCGGCCAGCAAAGCUCUAGCUGCUGCAGUGGUGGAGGCAGCAGCGGUGGCGGCGGAGGAGGCCAGACCAUCAUUGUCCCUUGUGGUGGAAGCAGUGGUGGUGGCGGCGGCGGUGGCGGCCAGCAGAGCUCCAGCUGCUGCAGUGGUGGAGGCAGCAGCGGUGGUGGCGGAGGAGGCCAGACCAUCAUUGUCCCUUGUGGUGGAAGCAGUGGUGGUGGUGGCGGCGGCGGCCAGCAGAGCUCCAGCUGCUGCAGUGGUGGAGGGUCUGGCGGGGGCUCCAUGCAGAUGAAACAACCCUGCUGUCUCCCGCCUUCUAUGGGUCAAACAAAACAGGUUUGCCAGUGGCCACCCAGCCAGAAGUGA